AUGACCCGGCCUCCCAGCCGCUUCCCGGCGGGGACGACAAAUCACCGACCGCUGCUACAGAGCCUGUCGUUACCAUCUCUUUCGAUCCCGUUUCCGAUAUUGCUGCUCCUCGUCUUCGCCGCCGGCCUUUCGCGGCAGCAAAAUGAUCCCGUGUCGGGCUUUUGCCGGCGUUUCGCCCACCAGACCGCUAUUGUUGAUGACAAGCUCUAUAUCGACGGCGGCUUCAUAAAUUAUAACCCUCUCGAGCAAUUCCCAGAAAACUACACAAACGACUACCUCUUCUUCCACGACCUCUCCACCGUCGCCGACUCGGGCAUGCCCCAGCUCUACGCCAACCUCUCCAAGAACCGCACCGUCCCCUCCCUGCACGGCGGCGUCCUCUGGGGCGACCCCGUCAACAAGCGCCUGUACCAGUUCGGCGGCGAAUUCUACCGCGAGCUCACCACCGCCUUCCGCGGCAUCUACGCCUACGACAUCCUCGCCGACGCCUGGGAUUUCCUCUCCGUCGACCACGCCCGCCAGCCCGCUUCCACCCUCGUCCGCCGCGCCAGCUACGGCGCCGGCGUCGCCGUCCCCGACCGCGGCGAGGGCUACUACUACGGCGGCUGGCUCAGCAACCGCUCCGAGCCCGGCUGGGGACCCGACUCCAUCGCCGACUCGUACCUCGUCAACAUGCUGUAUAUCCCCGCCGGGGACGCGGGGAUGCUCGUGUACCUCGGCGGCGUGCGCGACGCCUACGGAAACGGAAGCGUUAUCGAGGGCCAGCCCAUGGAGGAGAUUUUGCUGUACGACGUCCUCAGCUUUAAAUGGUACAAGCAAAAGGCCUCGGGCGUCGUGCCGGCCAUGCGGAGCCGGUUUUGUGCGGGUGUUGCCUGGCCCGAGGAUAGGUCCUCGUACAAUAUCUACCUCUACGGCGGCGCAGGCAUGGCCCCCUCCACCGCCGGCUUCGACGACGUCUACGUCCUCUCCCUCCCCUCCUUCACCUGGAUCAAGCUCUACCCCAACGACACCGACUCCGACACCACGGGCGACUACCCCCACCACAGCCUCUCCUGCAACAUGCACCUCGACGGCGCCCAGAUGCUCAUCAUCGGCGGCACCUUUCCCACCUCCGCCAUGUGCGACACCCCGGAGCAGGGCUACCAGGUCCCCUUUGACGUCUGGAACGUCGUCGGCGGCGGCGCCAAGGGCGGUCCCAUCACCCUCCGAGAGCCCGAGGCCGGCUUCGGCAGCCCGGACCUACGGAUCCUGCUCUCCCGCACCGCGUCGGCGGCCGUGCGGACACCGACGCGCGACGUGGGCGGGGAUGACGACGACGGCGACAGAAAGCCCUUAUCCGCAGGUGCCAUCGCGGGGAUCGUCGUCGGGGCCGUCGUCGCCCUAGCCCUCAUCGCCCUCGGCGCGUUCUGCCUGUUCCGCAAGAAGCGCCGCGCCGGCGCCGGCGCCGACCCCCGCCGCCCAGAAAUGGCCUCGCACGCCAACCACCACCACCACCCGUCCCUCCACGGCGGCGCCCACCCCCACCACCUCGGCGCCGGCUACCCUUCCUCCACCUCCUACUACCCCCUCCCCAUCGAGCUCGCCGACUCUUCUCCCCAUCCUGCUCCUCCUCCUCCUUCUCACGCUCACGCGGCGGCGGGGGCUCCCGGUGCCCACGGCCUCCCGGGCGCCUACGAUAUCGGCACCGUGACCGCGACGCCGGACUCGGCGCACGCCAAGCUCGACCAUGGCCGGUGGACGCCGGCCGAUGACGCCGGCACGAACCCCCGCACAAUCCCCGGUACCAAUACGGGCAACACGAUGGGUUCGGGCUUUAGCGGCGGCGGCGGCGGCGGCGGUGGUGGUGGUACUCUGGGCUCGCACUCGCCUUCGCAGCAACAGCUGCACCCACAGUACCAACCCCAGGAGUUGAGUACCACGCCGGGGAUGGAGAGGAGGGCGGGCCGUGAGCCGGUGAGGCUACACGAGACGUAUUACCAUGCAUAA